AUGCAUGUGGAACGAGAGGAUUCUGCUUUUUCCUCUUUUUCCUCUGAAUCCUUUCCCUCGCUGUCUCGCACGUCCUCUUCUUCUUUCUCGGACUGUCCGCCGCCUGGCGCCGCAUCGCCGGCAGAGCCGCCGUGUCUAGACACCCUGAGGUGUCUGUACACCUCGGCGCAGCAGGACCAUUUGCUCGAUUUCCAUCCGCGCCUCUCCCACGCCGACCAGAAGCUGCUGCUGCACCAACUCAGCCGCCACGAUGCCGUGCGCGUCUCGCGCAUCUUCCGCCGCGCCCUAAGGCGGCACCAGGCGAAGGCGGCCGCGGAGUCUGCUGCGAAGCUCUUAGAGGCACAAGCCUCGCGCACGGUGUCCGCGGCCGAGGAAGCUGGCAAGCACGAGCUCACACAGGCACUCGAUGCGCCGGGUGCUCCCGCAGGCGCGCCCGCCCCAAGCCCUUCUCUGCGAACUAAGGAAUGCGCUGAGUGUUCAUUGUCUGUCAGCCCCAUAGUCGCCCCGUCUCCCUCGGUGCUCUCCGCGGAAAGUGCGCAGGUGGCUGCGCCGGCGGACGAAGCGACGGCAGCUACGGGCGAGGAGAGGUCGAACGCGGCGUCGCUGGCUGUCUCCGCCGCGCGCGCGUCGGCGCAGAGCUUCGCGUCGGUCGCCGCGCGCGCGGCCCUGGAGGCUGAGCUGACGCUGGCGGCGCCGCUGAUUGGGAAGCGGAUGAAGACCGAAGAGCCGCUGCGGAGUGUCCAGCCAGCGAGGCCGCCAGCGGGCGCGGGAGGGGGCAACGAAACCGAGCACGAAGACGAGGACGAUUUGCAUGAACUCCCCUCGAGGUGCUGCCGAGAGACGUGCUUUCCGCCCGAUAUCAUCGAGUGGGGAGAAACGGCUGAGGACGCACACAAGGGCGAAGCGCAGCACGCAAACGACGCCAGCGAAGAGGACACAGAUGCCAUGCAAGCGAGACUCGCGCGGCUGUAUAGCCUCGUUGAGCAAAGCAGCUGCCCGCUCGUUCGCCUCGAGGCCAUGCCCGACCGCGCGAGGCGGCAUUGGUACUCCCUCGGAUUGAAGCUAAUUCGGGAGGGGCGAGUGGCGGCCCUCGUGCUGGCGGGCGGCGACGGGACGCGCCUGGCUUUCGCAGGCCCCAAGGGACAGCUGCCGGUGGCGCCACUGUCGGGCAAGAGUCUGUUUCAGCUGUUCGCCGAGCGCGUCAAACGUCUCUGUGAACUCGCGGAGAGGGAGGGAGAGGCUGAGAGCCGCACGAGCGCUGCGGAGCGAGUCGAGUCGACGGGGAUGCCGAGGCCGCAGCCUCGCCUCGUUUCGCUGCCGCUUCUUAUCAUGACCAGCGAGGGCAACGACACGCAGACGCGCGCGUUUUUCGCGCAGCACAACUUCUUCGGCCUCCAUCCGUCGUCCGUGUAUUUCUUCCUGCAAGAGUCAAUGCCCACGUUUUCGCCCGACGGCCACAUUUUGCUCCGUGAGCCCGGAUGUAUGUACACCGCGCCAAACGGGAACGGCGGCGUGUUCAGCGCGCUCGAGUCUGCGGGGCUGCUGCGCGAGCUGCGCGAGCGGGGCGUGGUGGGGCUGCAAGUCUGCAGCGUUGACAACAUUCUCGCGCGGAUUGGCGACCCGCUUUUCUUUGGGCUCUGCUUCGAGUCGCAUACACCCGUCGGGAACAAAGUGCUGCGGCGUCGCGACCCGUACGAGAAAGUUGGCGUCGUAUGCCAGGUGCUUUCGCAGGCGCCUCCGACGCACGCCGAAAGGUCGCGCCUCAAGGAGGCGCUGCUGCACUCCUUCGCGGCGACUGGCGGAGACAGGUCGGCAGACGCGAGCCGUGUGCGCGAGGCGGAAGCGAGGGAGAAAGACGGGGGUUCGCCGCGCGAGGGACGCAGCGCGCGCGAGUGCAAAAAAAAGGCGGCGACAGCCAGCGGGGAAGCGCGAUCACACCCUGAGAGGAAUGGAGAUGGACGACGACGCAUCCCCGUCGUGAUUGAGUACUCCGAGCUGCCGGAUGAGAUUCGGCUGGCGCGGAAGAGCCCGGCGGAGACGCAGCAGGACCAGGCGACAGAUCUCCUGUUUGAGUGGGGCAAUGCCUGCCUGCACUACUUCGACCUGCGAUUCAUUCACGCGGUUCUGACCAAUCGCCGCCUCCUGGACUCCUCGUACCACCUCGCCUUGAAGAACGUGAACGCGAUUCUUCCGAGGCGCGCCGGAGCUGCCCGCGAAGGGGCCGGUCCGACCGCGGAGACGCGCCCGAACGGGCACGCGAGGACAGGCGAGGGCGACCUCUCGAAGGACUUUGUCAGAGUCGAGAAAGGCUGGAAACUCGAACUCUUCAUCUUCGACGUGUUCGCCCUUGCCUCCCGCGUCCUGUGCGUCGAAGUCGCCCGCAGCGCCGAGUUUAGUCCCAUCAAGAACAAAAGCCCAAAUCCGAACCCCCGCACAGUCAGCGACGUCGUCGAGGAUACACUCUUCAGCGCGCAGAGAGACCUCUCUCGCCUGCAUCGCUCUUGGCUGCGGUGCGCUGGCGUCCGCGCCGAUACGCACGACGCGCAGCCGCUGCGAUCGCCUGACCAAAGGGACGACGACCUUGAGCGGGAGAUCUCUGCACAGCGCGCGGGCGCCGACGGCGGGAAGGGGGACGAGGCGGACAGGGCUGAGGCAGAGGUCGGCUUCCAAGAGACGCUCUGCGAAAUAUCGCCUCUAGUGUCAUACGGAGGCGAAGCGCUGUCGGAGGCUGUGGCUGAAGGGCGCCUUGCGUCUCGCGUGGGUCUGCCGUUCCGCUUUGAAGGCUGA